UGCUCCUGGCUCUCCAUCGACGCCAUGGACAUCAGCGGGGAGGUGCAGCUGGAGGUGGACCACGACGUGUACAAGCGGCGGCUGUCGCCAGACGGCACACCCCUAGACGAGGGUGGGUGCCCCAGGGCGGGGUGGCUCAAGCCCGUUCCGGGCAACGACAGCGAGGCAGACCCCACCAAGGCGCCUGGCUACUGCGGCAGCUGCUACGGCUCAGAGUCGCGGGCGGGGCAGUGCUGCAACACAUGCGCAGAGGUACGAGACGCGUACCGCACAAAGGGCUGGGCGCUGCUGGAUGUGGAGAAGGUGGAGCAGUGCCACCACGAGGGGUACAAGGAGGAGAUUGACGAGCAGAAGGGGGAGGGGUGCCACGUGUGGGGGGAGCUGCAGAUCAACAAGGUGGCCGGCAACUUCCACAUCGCCCCCGGGCGCAGCUACCAGCAGGGCAACAUGCACAUUCACGACCUCAGCCCCUUUGCGGGGCAGGCGUUCGACUUCUCGCACACCAUCCACAAGCUGGCGUUUGGGCGCGAGUAUCCAGGCACGCGGGGCCAGGCCUUGAGCACCUUCUGUCUGUCUGUUGGCACCCGGAGAGAGCGCAUGGGACUGUACCAGUACUUCCUCAAGGUGGUGCCCACCUCCUACUCCGACCUGCGCAACAACACCAUCUACACAAACCAGUUCAGCGUGACGGAGCACUUUCGGGAAACGGCGUCGCCGACGGCGGGCGGCGGCCAGCUUCCGGGCGUCUUCCUCUUCUACGAUCUGUCACCCAUCAAGGCAAGCCUGGAGGGGCGGGCCCGCCUCUCCUUCCUCUCCUUCCUCACCAGCCUCUGCGCAAUCAUCGGUGGCGUGUUCACGGUCAGCGGCAUCAUCGAUGCCACGGUGUACCACGGGCAGCAGGCGAUCAAGAAGAAGCUGGACCUUGGGAAGCUGCACUGA